AUUCGUGCAUUAAUGGCGAUUUUAUCGUCGUCUUCUUCAUCAUCAUCAGCCUCGGCGAUGCAGAAAGGAAUUGUUGUUACUAUACCAGUUCUGGUUCUAACUGCAUCGUUUUCUGCGGUUCUCUUCUUCAUCAUAUCGUCUUUUCUGUCCUCCUGCUCAUGUCCGCCAUCUAUACCGUUACUUAACGACGCUGUUGUCGCUGCCGUCGACGGCGGCGAUAAGAGGUCGGAGGAGAGGAUUUCUACGUCGCAAGAGGAUAUAGAUUGGGUUAAAGACCUGAUUAGAUCGAACGGUUUGCAUAUGCAGGAGAAUGUUCUCCGGAAAGGGAUCAAUCCUCGCACAAGGGAACAACAACUCCAAGAUCUGAUACAGUACAAAGGUAUCUCGCACUACGAAGGAGAUGAAGCAACCAACCACACAGCUCUUCCAUGCCCUGGCGAGUUACUUGUUGAGGAGCAUCACAGCAACUACGGUGAACCCUGGGCUGGUGGGCGUGACGUGUUUGAGUUCUUAGCUGAAGCAGCGCAGCUAAAACGCGAUGCUAGAGUCCUUGAAAUAGGCUGUGGUACGCUACGCGUUGGUUUGCAUUUCAUCCGCUAUCUCAACCCCGGGAAUUUCCACUGCCUUGAAAAGGAUGAGCUUUCUCUAAUGGCUGCUCUAAGAUACGAGCUCCCUUCUCAAGGUCUUCUGCAUAAACGACCUCUUAUAAUCAGAGGAGAAGAUAUGGAGUUCAACAAGUUUGGUUCAGGUGUGGCAUAUGAUCUGAUAUACGCGAGUGCAGUAUUCCUGCAUAUGCGUGAUGAACUCGUCUGGACUGGACUCGAAAGGCUAGUAGAUAAGUUGAAGCCUCACAAAGGGAGAAUCUUUGUGUCACAUAACAUAAAGUUUUGUACGCGUUUAGGAGGAGACAAAUGCACAGAGAGAUUAGCAAGCCUAGGACUCGAAUCCCUCGGGAGACAAACACAUGAUAGUUUGCUGUUUAAUCACUACGAGAUCUGGUUUGGGUUUAGGCGGAACAAAGGAUAAAGUUGUAUGAUUGAUUCCACGGCAUGUGAUUGCUCCAACCUAAGAGGACUGGAUCAGUUUUCUUCACACAGAGUUUUACAGAUAGUUUGUUGAUAUGAUGAUGAUGUCUCUGGACCAAGAGAAUCUCACAAAGCAGUCAAGUACAGAGCCUCAUGUAUUGAUAUACUAGUCAAAUGAUUUGAGAUGGCUAUAUUUUUUUGAUUUGUUUGUUUCCAACAGUUGUAUUGUUGUGUUUUGUAAUUCUUUUUGUUUGUAAUUGAAAUAUUAAUUUGACGUUAACUAAUUUAUACUGUGUAACUGUUUUGGUUUUAU